UGCGCCAUGAUCUAAAUUUUUAAUGAUUUAAAAUUUUCAUCUAUAAACAGUAUAAUGAGAUUAGAAAUCAUUUGCACUCUAUUACUCCCUUUAGGAGACGUGGCCUGUAAAAGAAAUAAAAAGGGUAAAGUUGACACUUCGAGCUCAGAUGAAGGUUGGUCGAAUGACAAACAUUACUGGGAAACAAGCGGAAGCUCGGAUGAUAACAGUGGCGAUACCGAUGUGAAGGAUUUAUCGUUCAGCGGAAAGCUGAGAAGACAGCUUGCUUUUUCGUUAUUCCUUCAAAGUCCAGGUGAAAACGCGAUAUGUUCGCCGAUAUCAGCGCUAAUGCCUUUAGGAAAACUAGCAUUAGGAGCUGAAGGGACCACUUUGAAGGAACUUCUCGCAGCUAUUGGAGUCAAGAAAGUAUCGGAGGUGAAACAACAAUUCAAAAAAAUGAUAGGUGAAUUCAGAAAUACCGCCGGUGCGGACAUUAGCGUAUGUAGUGGAGUAUAUGUCAACGAAAAUAUUAAACUCAAGAGUGAAUUCCGGAACAACGUACAAAGCGUUUUUGAUACAGAUGUAGAGAGGGUAGACUUCAGGAACCCAAAACGUGCGGCAGAUAAAAUAAAUGCAUGGGUAAUGAAGCACACAAACAACAAAAUCGAUCAUUUAUUAGACGCGACAGACAUAUCACCGUCUACAUCUGUGAUUCUGGUUAACACUGUUUACUUUUCGGCCAAAUGGUUGUAUCCAUUCGAUAACGCAAAAGAUCGCUCUUUUUAUGGCACAAACGGGGAGGAGGAUAUACCUAUGAUGAACUGUGAGAAUAAUUUCAAAUAUUACGACAGUUCAUCACUAAACGCAGAGGUAGUGGCAAUCCCAUACAAGGGUAACAGUAAACUAUCAUUCGUUAUAGUUCUUCCCAAAUCGAAAUCCUCAACGUCUUUGACGCUGCUCUUGAAGGGGCUCAAAACGGCUCCUGACCUACUCAAGGACGCAAUGAAGAAAAUGAAGUCCCAAUCAUUGGUUCUGUCGAUACCGAAGUUUAAAAUUGAAAAAAGAUUUGACCUCAGUGUUCAAUACAGAAACAUUGGCCUAAAUUCAAUGUUUCAUAAAGGUUUGACAAAAAUUGCCGAGGGUCAAGAUUUAUUCGUAUCAAGGGCAAUACAGUCUGCGUUGAUAAACGUCCACGAGUUUGGGACGACAGCGGCUGCUGCUUCCGUUGUAAUGAAUUUUGGAGCAAGUGCACCAAGUAAAAAGAAAAAAGUAGUGGCAGAUCAUCCGUUCCUUUUCACAAUUGUGGUGAAAAAUCAACAGCUGUUUACGGGGAUCUUUACUAGUUCUUCAACGGGAAGCUCACCCUGGGGCUCUUAAAUAUCAUCCACACAAGCAGCCGUAUCCGUAUUAACAGCAGACAUUUUUGAAGACGAACGAUUGUUGUCAGCUUUCGAAUUUUAAUUGUUCAAACAUGUUGUAAACAUAAUUUGAAAAAAUUAAGGUAUUAAUCACAGUAUUCUCGUGUUGAAAUAUUGAAAUAACCCUU